GGUGACCAACGAGGAACUAGACGGGGAGGAGGGGGCGGUAGACUUGUCCGUGUUGUGGUGUCCCCUUUUUAAGGGGGUCUGCAUGUUUGCAGUGCUGCCGUUGUACGGCUUCUUAACGCGGCAUUCUUAGCAAAUGACGGACGUUUUGUCGAGCUUGCCGUUGUUCUUUGAGAAUACGUAGUGUUUACACUGUGCCGAUGCACUCGAUCGAUGUAUCGAUUAAUAUCGAUUUUUUUCCACACCCUUAGUUGGCAUGUAAUGUGAUGUAGGGUUUGAUGCCACAUGCCGUUGGUUUUUUGUGAAAGUCGUUUGUCAGCAUAUGGUGAAGACAUGUUUUUUACGCAAAUGGGCCGAUACUGAUCACUGAUCGGACCCCAGCAGUUACAGCAUUGAAAAUCUGUUUACAACCAUUUUUUUAACAUGAUUAGACACCUCAAGAUAUGUAAUAACACCCCUAUAGUCACCUUUAAAUUUGUAUUACCAAGUCUAAUAGAUAUAAUAUGAGGAUUUAAGACAUAUUAGAUUUGUGCGUGUUGAUGUAAAUGAGUUCCGGUGCUAGGGGAGGUGAGUGGGAGUACGACAGGAAGUGAGGUUGGGGGUUCAGAAUUGAGUUUUGGCUUGGGUUACGCCCACAGCAGUAUCCUGUGGUCAGGAUUGUGCCUGUUGUGAGAUCAUUCAAACCUUCAAUAAAAGCCUAUUAUUGCGGCGGUCAAGUCUGGUGCUUGUGUGUCUCAUUCAACACAUUCCACACCAAUCGACGAUUCGCAAAUGUUGUAGGCCUUUUUCAAUGACAGAAUAGCCCUGGGAGCAUCAAUAGACGGCAUAAAAAAUUCCAUUCAGAAUAAAUGAGCAAGAUGUCCUGCAACCCAGUUGAGAAUUGCUGUCACAGAACGUUAUGGACAAGAUCGCUGGCUGGUGAUUCUGCAUCAGGGAUCUAAUUCUGAGAAUGAAUGCAGACCUUGAAAGUAAUCAAACCCAGUGAGCAUGAACAAUGAUGAAGGACCUCUUCAGGGAAAUGACUUUUUUGACAAAUGUUGCCCCUUUUUCCGAAUGCUAUGGGCAUGGCUGUGCCAGGGUGGGGCUACGGAGGUUGACAUCAGUUCGGAAAACUGUCCGAACUGGGAUGGGAGAUUGGCACUUGGGCUGGCCUCCAAAUUGUAGAAGAUUUUCUACAAAUAUGUAAUUCACAUCCAUGCCUGUGCAUGCUUCCCCUGCUUGAGACCUUGCACUGUAAAGAUGUAAAGACAAGGUUAGCUAUUAAUCUAUAUAAAUAAUACAUUCGCUGAAAAUGUCCUUUUAAGUGUUGGUUAUCUGCAUAAGAAGCAAAACACAAUAAACGGUCAUCACCAGUUUUAACAAUGACAUCCUGUGGUCCAAAAUGUAAUAGUAACAGUUUUCCCUCAGAUGCACACACACACACACACACACACACACACAUUCUACGGGGCUGUUCCAAAUGACCGCACCAAUUGAAUUUAUCCAUAUAUAUAUGCAUAUACCUGUUCUCUUCUUGUCAUGUAAUACUCCGAAGGGGAUACAAUUCACUCCGCUGUUGAAUGUGAAGUAUUAAAAUAGCAUAAACAUACAGUAGAUAUAACCCAGAGUUAAAACAACACAGUAAUAUAAAGUACAGUAUUAUUUGCAUUGCAUCAUAUCAUAUGGUGGUGUAGCAAAUUCUUUCAAAUCAUAUCACAUCUUAAUUUGAGUAUACUGUAUCACAUUGGAAGUAUCAUAUUCAUAUGCAUCGCAUUGUAUCAACAUACGUAUUGUAACAGCCUGGAGACAUAUUUUGGGGUUUUUCUCAUUGUAUCUUUCUCAUCUUUUUAUCGAAGAUAAUAAGUUAGGAUUAUAUGAGCACUUCCAAAUCCGCGUGUUCGAAUGUGUGUGUUAGCGACCUGAGCCUGACUGUUCUCCACAGGUAGGCGGUGCUCCUCGAAAAAGAAGACAGUGUCAGCGGUUUGUUCACUUUCUGGCAGCCAUCUGGAGCUGAUAUAAACAUAAACAAACACAGACUAUUAACAAGCUAUGGCAGCAUUAACAGCAGGGAGGCUUGUCAGAGAAAGCUUUCAAACAUACAUCGCUCUUCAUCAAGGGCCAUCAUUUGGAAAAAGGUAAAAACAGCACACCCCCCUCUGGUGAAUGGAAACAUACAUCAACAGAUAAAAAGGUUGCUGAAAGUUGCUGAAAGGAAUCAGUCAAGGGAUGGUUGAAGAUAUUUUUCCAUGCUUUUCAUAUGCACCACAUAGCAUGCAGUGGAACGCACUUGCAAAACAUUCCCAAGACAACAAAUAUGAAAAAAAUGUGAACAACAAAUACAUCUAUACAUUCAGUUCAAUAAUGCCAGAGCAAGAGUCUGGCACGGAUUACUCCUUAAAUGUCAAAAGCCAAUGAUUGACUGCGCUUUGACAAAUUGUAAUGCCUGUUUGACUGUGUUAUGCAUUUUGAGAAUCAGUAUAGUUCUUGAUGAGGGGCAAUGAUAAGACACCAAAAUAAUCCAGUGCUGAACAACCUUUUCACGACGGGUCACUCAACCCCUGAGACUCCCCAUACAUUUUUCUAGUUUAAGGAAAAGCUGAUGUUCUCAGAAAUCCCACCUAGAUUCAUUCAGGUUCACAUUGAAGCCGUUCUCUGCAAAGCUGUGCCAGCAACACAUGACUUCAGCAUUUUGCAGGCAGCCGAUGGAUGGAGGAGCAUCGUGGGGCUGAGAUUAAACAGUAUGAGUGACAGGUGUGUUGUGACUUCAAUUCAAUGCUGCCAGGGAUUCAGUUGAGAUGGAAGGCGUGGCAAGAUGAAAGAGUGAAAAAGGACUGGAGGUAGAAUGGAUGGAUGGAAGGAACCAAUAAAAGUGAAAGGAGGGAAGGUAUAGAUAUGUAUAGACAACUGAGGGUGGUGACUAAAGGGUGAAAUCAAUUCAAUUCAAUGAUCAAUUCAGAUUACUGUAAUGAUGAAAAAGACAUUUAAAAAGCUAAAUAAUAAAGCGUUGGGUUCGGGGGGGCAUGGUAGGCGAGGGGUCAGCUUGUUGGCCAUGGAUGUAGAAUUCCUGUGGGUACUCUGGCUUCUUCCCAAAUUCCACAAACAAACAAAAACAACUGAUUGGAGACUCUAAAUUGUCUGUGACACAGCUCAGACUCAAGCUGUCCUAUCUAGUCUUGGAGCUUGAACUCAUCCUGCUCGGAUGAGUGGCAAAACAUAUUCUAAGACAACCUGGACAGCCUUGUUUCAAUGGAUUCAAUGCCCUAAGAACACUGCUGGGCAGUUUGAACUGUGUAGAGCUGUCCUAUCUAGUCGUUUUUAGCAUAAAUCAACCAGCUGUUUGAACUAGACUAGACUAGAGACUUUCCAGUCUCAUGUGUCUAGUCCUAUGGAGCCGACUUGGAUGAGGUGUGAAACAGCUGUAGUCUGAGCUGUCCUAUCAAGUCUUUUAGCAUGAACCCAACAGAUCAGACUAGAACUGUCCAGUCUCAUGUUUCCAGUUGUGAUGGAUUCAAUGCUGUGAGAAUUACGGUCCUCACAAGACACAAGAUACACAAGAUAGGAUAUAUUGGCUUUUGAAGUUGUUUCAUGAUGCAUUUAAAGACCAAAAACUCAAUGCUUGACAAGAAAGCAUUUCAGUGAAACACAUCGUUGACGCAUAAAGAUGAACUUUCUAACAGUGGUACAUUGUGUGCUGUGUCUUUCACCUGUAUUAUCCCGUAUUUAUAAAUUAGUAUUGACUUUUGGUCAACGAGACGUGUUUUCUGCGGAAAAAAGGGAAAAAAAUUCAUUAUGACCAAAAAUCUGCACAUUUUUGGGGCCAUAAAUGCUGAAGUGUGAAUGUGCUGGGACACACUGUACUGCAGUUGGCAAGCGUCACUGAAAAUCAAGUUCAGUGCGUUAUCAUACAGUUGCAAGAAAUACUAAAUUAUGGUGUCUGGUAAAUCAUGAACGGAUAUGAUACUAUAUGAUACUGUUACUAUAUUGACAGUUACUAUGGUACACAUAAUGUCAUUGUAUGGUCAUAUCACCUCGUACUUCGGUACGAGGUACAUUCAUUCAUUCAUUCAUUUUCUACGGCUUUUUCCUCACGAGGGUCGCGGGGGUGCUGGAGCCUAUCCCAGCUGUCUUCGGGCGAGAGGCGGGGUACACCCUGGACUGGUCGCCAGCCAAUCACAGGGCACAUAUAGACAAACAACCAUUCACACUCGCAUUCAUACCUAUGGACAAUUUGGAGUGGCCAAUUAACCUAGCAUGUUUUUGGAAUGUGGGAGGAAACCGGAGUACCCGGAGAAAACCCACGCAUGCACGGGGAGAACAUGCAAACUCCACACAGAGAUGGCCGAGGGCGGGGACCGAACCCUGGUCUCCUAGCUGUGAGGUCUGCGCACUAACCACCAGACCGCCGUGCCGCCCACGAGGUACAUUAUUAAAAAAAAAACCUUAAACUGUAUUAUGGAAAGCAGGAAGUGAACAAAUGUAACAGUUACUGAUUGUAAAAGUACCAGAUGGAGGGGUAGGAUUUAAUAAGCUUUGCUUCUUCCUACUCCUUUUGGACAUGUGGAACUGGGAACUGAUUAUGUGAUGCACUCAAUUGCAAUCUGAUGCAUGUUCAAAUGAAAUAAACCAUGAUACAAUAGUUGAAAAUAAAUAAAUACAUAUUUGACCAAGUAGGAUGGCUGGAUCACCAAGUAAGUAGGUCAACAUACCCAUUCCCAAAUGUCUCAUGUGUCAGCUUGGUCCAUUUUUGGGAUUUCGGGAUUAUACUUGAGUUAUUUUAUAUAUUAUAUUUUACACACACACACACAUAUAUAUAUAUAUAUAGAGAGAGAGCAUAUUGGAGCCUUAAUCUCUGACCUUUAUGGUUGUGCCUGAGAGGAAGAAUGGCGGGAUAAGGGGAUAUACAUUAGAAGUGAGAACAGGAAGCUUGUAUUGUCAUCUGAUGAUGAGUUGGAAAAUAGCGAGGAGCCCAAAGGAUUACUGGCCGCUGAUAAUCUGCAAGCUCUCGGCUGACGUAAAGAGGUGGAGAGAGACAUAGAGAGGGACGGUGGUGUGGGUUGUGUCGGCAGCUGAUUUAUUUUAGAUUAGUCUGGACAUGCGCCAAGUUGGAUUCAUAAUGAAUGUUGGAUACUAACGACUAAACUGACCACUUACAAGCCCAUCCCACUGUCGGUGGAGGAAGUUGCAUAUUUUACACUGGCACCCUGUUUUUAGCUUAUGGUCCAGCUGUGGAAUUCAGAGACCACCAAGCUUCGCUGGUGCCGUGGAUUAUUUUCCCGAGGAAUAAAUGUUGGGAUUGUAAACACUAUGCUGGGGAAGUGACGAGUAUCCUGUAACAAUGCUUCCAUGUAAUGUGGGUUUGCAACCUAUGCCGUAAGCAGCAAGAGAUUCUCACUAAAUCAGGAGAAUGGUUUUCAGAGACAGGGGCGCGGCCUGGGAGCCUGGGCUCUACCUUCAACGAGCCAACCACGGGGGGUGAGGCCCAACGGGAUAGGAAGCUUCUCCGCUCCAAGUCUCAAGCCCCGUCGUCCACAACGAACAGCAACACCAUGCUGCCGCACAGGACGCAGGCGCCGGCUGGUGGAACUGCUGCCAAUCAGGGUCCCGACACCGUGCCUGGUACCCGUUCCCACAGUGAACCACCGAGAGAAAAGAAAAGGCCACUUUCUUACCAUGAACAAAAUGGCAAAGGAAGCUUGGGACGUGGUAGCAGUCGGAGGUCGGCUGGAAAGUUGCCAUCUCAGUCCUCUUUGGAUGAAAGGGUCGGUUUUAGCGAACGAAGGGACAGACAGUUUGCCGAUGGUCACAGACUGGAGAAGAUCCACUCUCAAGACUAUGAUGACGAGCAGGACGGCUUGGGUCGCUUGGAAAGAAAUCGCAGACGACCAGAGGAUGACGAACAGAGGGAGCGCCAGCGACGUGAAGAGGAGUUCCAGAACCGCUAUCGUAGUGACCCCAACCUUGCUCGAUACCCUGUGAAACCACAGAAAGAGGAACAGGAGAUGCGCAUGCAUGCCAAGGUAUCCAAAGUUCGCCAUGAACGCAGACACAGUGAUCUUGCAAUCAACGAGGUGGGACUCGGGCCUGGUGAAGGAGGAGGCAGUGGAGCACAGGUGCCUGAAAACCGUCUGACCAGGAGAGCAAACCGCAAAGCCCAAUCGGAAAACCACCGAGCGUACUCUGUGGAACGGACCACGGGGGAAGCUGUGCGACCGGUGCCGCCAGAUAACAAGGCCUGCUUGGAGCCAGGUACGGUGCACACACCAAGAGAAAAGGGUGGGGACAACCUGCUGAGGAAGGACUCUCAGAGUUCAGAACAGUCGGAGUCGUUGUGUCCGCCCCCUUCACGGUCGUACAAGAGCAAGCGCGGAGUGAACAAGAGGCAGAUGUCCAUCAGCAGCUCAGAGGAGGAGGGCGGCUCGACGCCCGAGUACACCAGCUGUGAGGACGUGGACAUGGAAAGUGUCAGCGAGAAAGGUGACUGGGAUUGUCAUCCACUCGACCCUGCCAUGUGGCAUCAUCCAGUAACGUGGCAGCCUUCUAAAGAGGGUGAUCAUCUGAUUGGACGCAUCACGUUAAGCAAGCGAUCAGCCAUGCCUCGAGAAGCUGGGUCCCUCCUUGGCUUAAAAGUUAUAGGUGGGAAGAUGACGGAAACAGGAAGACUUGGGGCCUUUAUCACCAAAGUCAAGAAAGGAAGCCUGGCAGAUGUCGUGGGACAUUUAAGAGCAGGUGAUGAGGUGUUACAGUGGAACGGGAAGUCAUUGCCAGGAGCAACCAAGAAAGAGGUGUACAACAUCAUUCUUGAAUCCAAGGCAGAGCCUCAAGUGGAACUGGUUGUCUCCAGACCCAUAGGGGACAUCCCAAGAAUUCCAGAGUCAUCUCACCCUCCUCUAGAAUCAACAGGCUCCAGUUCCUUCGAGUCACAGAAAAUGGACCGACCCUCAAUAUCAGUGAUGUCCCCAACAAGUCCAGGAACCCUCAAAGACCUUCCUCUGGAGCUUCGUGGACAGCUCUCUGUGAAGCUGUGGUAUGACAAAGUAGGUCAUCAACUUAUCGUCAACGUCCUUCAAGCCAUAGACCUGCCAGCCCGACCAGAUGGACGACCCCGGAACCCAUAUGUCAAAAUGUACUUCCUCCCUGACCGAAGCGAUAAGAGUAAACGUCGUACAAAAACCGUGAAGAAGAGCGCUGAGCCCAAGUGGAAUCAGACCUUCAUAUAUUCACAUGUUCACCGACGUGACUUCCGGGAGCGUAUGCUCGAGAUCACCGUCUGGGACCAGCCCAGAGUCCAGGAAGAGGAAAGUGAAUUCAUGGGAGAGAUCCUUAUAGAGUUGGAGACCGCUUUGCUGGACGACAUUCCCCAUUGGUAUAAACUCCAGACACAUGAUGCGUCCUCUAUACCUUUGCCGCAGCCUUCUCCAUACCUCCCACGCAGACAUGUCCACGGAGACAGCCCCAGCAAGAAACUCCAGAGGUCUCAUCGCAUCAUUGAUACAGAGUUUGAUGAUGGUUUGAUGAUAAUGACUAAAGGAGGAGAGCGUAGUUCCAGGGAAAGGGAGCGAGGUAGUACGUUGGCCGUCCCUGAGCAGCAGCGUGCCAUGCAGUACCGCUCUCGCUCCGUAUCCCCCCACAGAGAGGACUCGUGCAGGGCGAGGUCAAGACCUGCACAUGUGCCCAUGCAGAGGAGCCUGGAUGAGAUCCACCAGAACCGACACCACUCCCAGUCCCCGUCCCACUACCAUGAGCCCCAUUUGGAGCACCAACGCUCUGGUGAUUCAGACUACGAGUACUCUGAAGACAGUGAAGUCGUGGAGAUGCACAGGCCAAUCCAAGGCGGGAGUGCAGAGUGCCUACACACAAACAGCUCCACCCUCCCUGCAUGCCUAAAGAGCAAGCUGCCCAAAUGGCACGAGGGGGGCAACGACGUGCAUCCUAACAUCUUUGCACACCGUGUGCUCAGGUUCACUGACGAGGUCAGAGUUAGCGACCUGCAGCCAUCGUUGGACAGAGUGAGGAGUGCCAGCACUACAUGUCUCCGACCAGACAACUUUCACUCUUCAGACAGAGACAGGCAGUGUAGCAAUACAUCAAGUCCAAACUGUCGAAAGGGCAGCAAAAAAGCCCUGGAGGGCGACAGUCGCAUCCAGCCCACCUCUAUCCUGAGGGGCAGUAGGGGAAGAGGGGGACCACUGAGGCCAUUUGGCCAGACAGCUUUGGCUGGAUCCGGUCCGGCCUCUCCACAGACAGACAGCAGAACACACCCUUACGGUGGCCCCCCAUCUCCCACAUCAUCCGGGCGCAGGGGCAGGCAGUUGCCACAACUUCCUGCUAAGAGCAGCAGCAUAGAACAAGCACUUGCAGUUGAAGAGCGAGCCCGACAGUUGCAUUGUAAAGUACAUUCCUACCGGCCUUCAGCUUCCCAUGACCCUGAGUCGGACCUCAGGACCAAACGGGAGAUGUUUGCGGAACAGCGUCGUAGCAGCGACAACAUGUCGGCCAGGUCGUCAGACAGCGAUAUGAGCGAUAUGUCGGCGCUCUCCCGUGCCAGCAGUGCCUCUCGCCUCAGUAGCACCAGCUACAUGUCCAUCCAGUCAGAACGCCCAGGCGGCCGUCUCAGAUCCAAGUCAUUAGAGGAGGAGAAAAAAGACAGGCGGAUCUCCUGGGGGAUUACAGAAGAAGAGGAGAGGAAGCGGGCGGCAGGAAAGAGACGUUUCUCUGAGGAGUUGAAGCGCAGGCGACACACUGUUGCUGGAGAUACGGGGGAGUCCAGUCGGCAGAUGCGAGCAUCGGCAGGACGCAACAUGCUGAAGAGCUCCAGCGUGAGUGGUGAGAUCUACACCCAGGAGCGCACCGAUGGCAGCCAAUCAGACACAGCGCUGGGCACCGUGGGUGGAGGCAGCAAGAAGAGACGAUCCAGUCUCAGCGCACGUGUGGUGGCCAUCGUUGGCAACCGCAGGAGUCGUAGCACUUCUCAAAUCAGCGGCCCUGAAGCAAAGACUAAGAAAGAGAAAGGUGCCCCCAUCCAGAGGAGCACAGAGACGGGGAUGGCAGUGGAGCUGACCAGGAACAUGAGCAGGCAGCCCAGCAGGGAGUCCAACAAUGGUAGCAUGAACAGCUACAACUCUGAGGGGAAUUUGAUCUUCCCCGGGGUGAACCUGGGAGCCAGCAGCCAGCUCAGUGACUUCCUGGAUGGGCUGGGUCCAGCUCAGUUAGUAGGCAGGCAAACACUGGCGACACCAGCCAUAGGUGACAUUCAGAUAGGUAUGAUGGAGAAAAAGGGUCAGCUGGAAGUGGAAGUUAUCAGAGCCCGUGGACUUGUCCAAAAGCCAGGAUCGAAAUCUCUCCCAGCGCCAUACGUCAAGGUCUAUCUGCUGAACAACGGCACGUACGUAGCCAAAAAGAAAACCAAGAUUGCACGGAAAACACUCGACCCGCUCUAUCAGCAAGCAUUGCUCUUCGAGGAAAGUCCACAGGGUAAAGUCUUACAGGUAAUUGUAUGGGGAGACUACGGCCGCAUGGACCAUAAAAGCUUUAUGGGAGUUGCACAAAUCCUCCUGGAGGAACUGGACUUAUCAAGCACAGUCAUUGGUUGGUACAAGUUGUUCCCGCCUUCUUCUUUGGUGGAUCCGACUCUGGCCUCCCUCACACGUCGAGCUUCUCAGUCGUCACUGGACAGCUCCUCCGGCCCCCCCGGGGUCCGAUCUUAGUGGACCAACAGCUCAACACCGCUCUGCGAGUAAGGAACUCCCGACAUGUACUGUAAGAAGAGAUGCAGAAAUGUCCGGCAGCAACAAUCAGAACAGCCCACCACAAGAAAGCUUUGUUGAGAUCUGACAAUCACUCCUGUUGGGGUUCAUUUUCUCUCUCUUCUCGGGACGCCGCGUUUCAGUGUUUCAUAACCAUUUAGGAAACAUCUCUGUUUUUCUUUGAGUACACUGAAGACCGGGGGGCUGUCAGGCUGUCCGCAGACGACAAGCUGUGGCGUCUGAGUGGAGAGGUGAUGAAGUUGAUCGAGAUCAAUGCCAUGUGACCAAGGAGGCAGGGUGGUUUUUAGCUGAGUUAACAAUAGCAAUGCAUUGUAUGUAAGCGUCGGAAUGUAUGAACUCCAGACAGAGGUCAUGCAGGUAGAACACCGCUGUCCUAUCUGCACUGUCCUCCUCCAGAACCCCAUCAGACUGCCAGCAUCUCUGCCCACAGGCAGCGUGCUUCCACAUGGGUAUUUAGUCUGGAAGCACAGGGCCUUCUACUGGUGCCUAGACCCCGGAGCUGCAUCACUGGUCCCUCUCUUUGUCAAAAGAUCCUCUUUUCAAAUGUUUACCAUGGCUGCUCGAAGCCAUAUUCUUUUAGUGUGUUUGCUUUGUUGUUCAUUUUUUUUUCCUUUGUUUCUAUUGCCACAAAAUGUUUUAUAGUGUCUUUAAAUGCUCAUGAUAUGUUGUCAGUCUGAUGUGUGCAUGAAAAGAAAAAAACACAAGCAGUAAGAAAAAAAAGGAUAUGAAAACUAUUUUAUUGUCUGCAAGUCUUGUGCAGGUACGGGAGACACAGCUUGGAGUUUGAAACAUGAAAUGACAUUAAAGUGCGGCAAUGUUUUCUUUGUUCCGCUGCCCCGCUGUCCUUGUAUGGAGUAUCGAUGCGUGAAAAGAGACCUGGGAGGGGGACGACUGAUUAACGUUCAUGUCGCCAUAAAAUAGCACAGAAAUGCAACAUCCGUACAAAAUAUGAAAAAGUUCACCUGGUCAAAACACCCUCACCCCAGCACGUUUCAAGCUUUUAGUUGACCUUUAGUUGACGGUCUUUGCAGAUGAGACACGAGCACAAGAGCUUGCUUUUUGUACAACUUCAAAAUUGAGCUUUUUGCAAAAACAAAAACAAAAAACAUGUAAAGAGAUUAUGACACAAUCACUCAUCCUGCUCAUGUUUUGGUGUAGAUAUUAGAAUACAGAAAGCGUUUCUUCUUGUGCACUGUUCAUGUGGAAGUAACCGAUCAGACAACACCGAUGCUCAUCCUGCGUUCGGCCGACAGACCCCUCUCAUCUCGGUAGGGGGCGGGUUCCAAUAUGUCCUGUUCCAAGCUGCAUGCAGAUUUUUUUUUUGUAAAGCGAAUCAGAUCAAUGAAAAUAAGAUACUGAGCUAGGUACGUGUGUUUGUUCCACAUACUGUAGGGACGCUUGUAUGUUGCAUGCAGUUGUACAGUUUGCUUGUAAAUGAAUAUUAAAGAGAUAAAUCAAGAAACUGAAGCCAUCACCAUUACGACAAAUACAUUUGUCUACGCCACGUCUCAAACACAAUCCCAAAAUGAUGUCGACGAUGUGCCUCUACUGUAUCAGAUGUACUGUCGACAUGUCAUGAAGUAACAAGCGAGUCGUUCUUGAAUCACAUUUUUUUUCUUUUUUUCUGACUGACGGGUACUCGUCUGCAUUAGCUCUGUCACUGGCUCACCCGUGCUCAGGCUAAAUUCAAAAAGUAAACCAGUUAACAAGUCACUAAUUGUGCAACUCUAACUGCAUUUGUAGAAAUAGAGUAACCCACCGUGGAAAAACAUCAGAUCCUGUCUUUGGCCGCAAGUCAACGCUCCUUUACUCUUCCUGCCCGAGCUGCAUUACAGACGCCACAAAGCAAACAAUCCACUCUCUCAUCCUGCGAGUUUCGCUGACUUGCGGGUGCUUGACAAAUACCCGUUUCACUGACUCAUGGAUGCUCAAGCAGUACUCGAAUUACACUGACUCGUGGUUGCUUUAUAAAUGCCAGAGUUUCUCUGACUCACCUUGUGCUGGACAAAUAUUUGGGCUUCACUAACUCACUGAUGCUUGUCAAGGACUCGUACCUCUUUGAAGACUCCAGUUUCACUGACUCACGAGUGCUUGAGCCUUGACUGACUCUCACUGACUCUCGGAUGCUGAACAAGUACUCGAGUGUCGGUGACUCUCGGGUGCUUGUCGAAGACUCACGCUUUUCUGACUCAUUGCUCAACACGUACUCGAGUUUCACUGAAUCAAGGGUCAAUCGAGGACUGGAUUCACUUAGAGAGUGGCUCAUUAGAACCGGAGUCACUAAAAGGAAUGGCUUUUCCCAUUACUAAUGUACUGUAGUCUGUGAUCUCACACCCAAGGAACUGGCUUAUCCAUGUACAGUACCAAUCAGGUCCACGAUGGAACUAUGGAACUAGAAGUUGGUUCUGUUUCAACAUAAAGACCUCAAAUAAGUAUAAAGGCAGAUGUGGUUAUGCAAGGAGGGGGUUAUGAAUACAUAAGCGCACCAUGCAGUGAGACAACUAAAUGUAACAGACUUGGGUCACAAUCAUGGUCACCCAUGAAAACAAACAAGUCUGUAAAAGUUAUUUUGGUUAUUGUUUGUGUUUUGAAGCCAAUGUCUGAAUCCUGCUCAUAUCCAGUCUUUUUCUUUGUCAGUAUUCACCGGAUAACAUUGAUUGUUUACAACGUAUGUGUUCCACUGGAAGAACAUUUGACAAAAAGUAGUCAAGCAUUGAUUUCAACAAUUCUUGCUUGUAUCGCAGAUGUGGCUCAGAUGAUGUGUAUGUUUUAUAUUUCAAAAAGUUCAUUUUUAUUAUUUACAAAUAAAACGAAUGUGUGGAAGAGAAA